GUCGCGAAGGACAGGCCGCAUAUCAAGGCAAGGCUCGCACUAUGGCGCCGCAAAAACCUUGCAGGUAGAGACAAGGCAUCUUCGUUCCAGUAGCGGCAACCUCGCUGCACGGCGCUAGUGCACAGAGCAAGCACAGGCACUGCAAGCCUUGCUGUUGCUGUGCCUGCGGAGCGAGCUAUCCGCCGUGCUAGACGCCACCGCCGCGCCGCAGCUAGACGCCGCCGCCGCGCGCAGCAAUAUGGCCGACCUCCGCCGCACGCGGUCGCCGCGCGAGGCCGCGGCGGCGAGUGAGGCCAUGGUCGCUGGCUGCGUCGCCGGGAGCAUCGGCCAGCUCGUCGGCUUUCCCCUCGACACCUUGAAGGUGCGGACGCAGCUCCAGGCGUCGCCGUCAAUGGCGUUGUUCAGCGGCUGGCGCGUGCCGGUCGCGACGGCCGGGGCGAUAAACUGCGCGAAUUUCGGGGUCUACGACAGCGCGUGGCGCCAUUUAGCAAAGGACGUGGACGAUGAUGUGGAUGCGCCGUCUCAUGUGGUCUUCGCGGCGGGCGCGUGCGGCGGCUUUGUCAUUUCUCCGGUCUCGACGGUCAUUUCUCGAGUGAAAGUAUUGCAACAGUCGUGCGCCUUUCCUGGUAGGGGGGUCUUCGACGUCUGUCGAUCGUUGGUGGAAGGUGGAGGCAUGCGUUCACUAUGGUGCGGCUUUUCCGCGAACUUUUGCAUGGAGUGCUGCCGCGGGUUUUACAUGCUGUUUUUUGUGGGAGCGAAGCGCUACCUCGGUGGCGAGAGCAAGGACCUGGCGUUGUGGAAGCGGUCGCUCGCGGGGGCCUUCGCGGGCGUCGCGUCGUGGGUCGUCGUCUAUCCCCUUGAUGUGGUGAAGACGGCCGUGCAGGCCCAGAACCCGCAGAAGGGCGAGCGGACGUCAACUCGGGAGAUGGCGCUGCGCUUAUAUCGGGACGGCGGCGUCGGGAGGUUUUAUAGGGGGCUGGGUUUCACGGUGCUGCGGGCGGGGCCCGUCGCGGGCGUGCUGCUGCCGACGUUCGACCUGACGCUGUACUUCCUGCGGCAGCUGCGGUAAGGUUUAUUUGUGUGA